AUGUCCGACAAAAUGCGCGCCAUCACUGUUGGGAUCGUCUCCAUCGGAGAUAUGGGUUUGGGGAUGGCAAGACUGCUCAAGGCCCAUGGGUACCGGGUGAUCACGGUCGCAGAAGGAAGGAGUGAGCAUACCCUGGCGCGAAUCACGGCAGCCGAAAUAGAGGCGUUGCCAUCUGACCAGGAACUAGUGGUCCAGGCGGACUACAUAUUAUCCAUUGUGCCUCCCCUGAGCGCACAGCUCACCGCGGAACGUAUUGCAGGUGCUGUGAAACAGCCGGAUACAGUGACAAAACGAGAGGCGCUCGAGGAGGUGAACAACCGGCCGAGUCGCAGCCCACUCUAUUACCUCGAGCUCAAUGCAACGCCCGCCCGAUUGGCGGAGGAGUUGGCAGCAAUCUUUAAAACUGAGGCAGACGCGGCCACAUCAAUCGGGCCAUCGGCUCGGUGCCACUUCCUCGAUGGCGGAAUCAUUGGGGGCCCGCCCUCACAAAGUACGGACGGAAAGUGGAAGAAACCCAGCGUGGUGCUUUCGGGUGCGGUGGACCUGCCCUCCACAUGGGCAGCGCUCGCUGACGUCUUGAACAUGAAGCUUGUCUCCGAGCGGAUUGGCGCGGCGUCUACUCUAAAGCUGUCCUUUGCGGCGCUGACCAAAGGUCUUACGGCGCUGUCGAUCCUAUCUUUCUCCACUGCGCAGCGCGAGGAUCUCUUGCCCGAAUUGCUGAAGCAUCUCGAGCAGUACUCACCGCACACGGCUGCGCUGGCUCAGUCCGGUGUUAUUGGCAUGAGUCCUAAGGCCUACCGAUGGGUGGAUGAGAUGCGCGGUAUUGGGGAAGCCUUUGACCGUGAGGGCGCAUGGGAUGGUGUCGGUAGCAGUGUGUAUGGAGGCUUUGCUGAAAUCUACCGAAGCGUGGCCGAAGAUACCAUUCUUGGCCAAGAGCGAGUCGAGGCGCGGCAGCACGGGAAGACCGUGGAGGAUGCCGCCACGAUCAUAGCGAGACGUCAGCAUCAAUAA